UAAGUGUUACAGUGUAGAUUUAUAGAUUGGAGUUAGUCAAAAAAAGUUUUAAUUAUGAAACCGUUUAUUAGUUAUGCAUUGGUUACAGUUUUAGCAGUUGACUUACUAGCUACCACAGGGGAUAUCACAAUGACAUGGACUUCGCCAAUGUUUUCGAAAUUGUAUUCAAACAAUUCCAAUGUCAACCCAUUACCUCAACCCAUCACCAAGGAGCAAGAUGCUUUAAUAGCGUCAUUGAUUAAUGUUGGAGCAAUGGUUGGAGGAAUUCCAUUUAGCUACUUAUCUGAAAGUUAUGGAAGAAAAACUGCACUUUUAGCUAUUGGUAUUUUUCAUAUUGUAGCUUAUGCAACAAUGGCUUUUGCUCAAUGCGUGGAAUUGUUCUACUUCGGAAGAAUUCUUGGAGGUUUAGCUGUAGGUGCUGGAUAUACUUUACUUCCCCUAUAUAUUGCUGAAGUAGCAGAAGAAAAUAAAAGAGGACCUUAUUCUGUCACUUUGGCUAUAUUUUGGGCACUAGGAAAUUUUCUACCAUACCUGAUAGGUCCAUUUCUUACUGUUCAAAUAUUCAAUCUUUUCAAUCUUUGCGUUGCGUUGCUAUUUUUUGUUACUUUUCUUCUGUUGGGGACAGAAACGCCAUUUUAUUUAGUUGGUGCAAAUAAACUAGAGGAGGCACAAAAAGUAUUAAUGUUACUCAGGGGUAAAGAGAGCACUGGGGUAGAGGGUGAAUUACAGCACAUAAAAUACUCUUUAGAUCAGGAAAGGCAGACAGAACCGGAAAGCUUGUGGAAAAUGUUUAUAAAUCCGGGAAUUAAGAAAGCGUUUGUUAUUUCAUUAUCUUUAAUAAUAUUUCAACAACUGUCUGGUUGGAAUGCUAUCACUUUUUAUCUCCAACCAAUUUUUGAAAUGUCAGGUAGUAGCAUACCUUCAGAUAUUAGCUCCCUCGUUGUUGGUGCUGCCAUAUUUUGUUUUAGUUUACCUGCCCCGUACUUGACUGACAAAUUAGGACGAAAAACUCUACUUAUCUUUUCUAGUAUAUUUCUUGGUUUAUCAUUACUUUUAUUAGCUGUAUUCGUUUUUGUACAAACCAGAACAAAUUUAAACACCGAGUUUAUGUCUUGGGUGCCAAUCACUAGUUUAACAAUAGCAGUGUUCGCCUUUCAAAAUGGUUUAGCCGUCUUACCAUGGACAAUUUCCUCAGAACUAUUUCCUAAAAAUGUUAAGAAAUUAUCAUCUACUUCCACAAAUGCGGCAUGUUGGUUAACUUCUUUUAUAAUGACGCAAUUCUUUAACGAUAUGGUUCGCGGUUUUGGUGUCGAUGGUACCAUGUUUAUGUUCGCAGUCUUCACUUUCCUUUGUGCAAUUUUUACUUACUUCUACGUCCCAGAGACUAGGAAAAAAACGUUUGUAGAAAUUCAAAAAAUAUUACAGAGAUAAUCGAAGGCCACAAAUAUUGGAGUAUAACUGAAAGUAGAAACGAUAUACAUUAUCAGACGAAAUCAAGCUAAAACAAAAAAGAUAUGGAUAUCUACAGUAUGCAAAUGAUAAGGAUAAUACACAAAAGAGUAUAAUCGUAAACAGCGAACGACAUAUUCUUUUUAAUUUUAUUUUUUAGAUUACACUUUUUAUAUUGUGGCGGAUUCACAAAUAACUGCCUUCCACACUCUGAUUGACUGUGCUGCUAAAGCGAGGAAACGUUGGCUCGGAGUCCAGAGGCUGGCAAUAAGAAAGAAGAAGAGAUUCAGUCAGCUGAUCCUAGAGAACACGGUUUAAAUCCGACAAAAACUCAUGCUGUUUUCUUAGUUGUUUUAGUAUGUAGUUUGUUCUUAAUAAAUCAUUAAAGUAGUUUUAAAUUA